CUGAUCCCGGUCAAUACGGAGAGAUAAAGAAUGUGUCUUUUUCUUUCAGCACUUAAGAGUCUUUUAGAAAUCAGAAUUUCAGGAUUAUGUCGAAAGGAGGCUUGCUUAUUUGAUAGCUAGCUACAGCCUACAGCCUAGCCACCCAGAAUUUUACUUGAAUUUUGGGGUUCAUCGUAAUAAUCCUCCAAAUAAUAAUUUUUCCAUUUUGUGUUUCUUGCAUUCUUUAUUUCUGGUAAAAGCUUCCCAUUCUCCACUUUAAUUCACAUUUACAUUUGAUAAGAAGCCAAAAACAAGAUCAAUAUAUACCUUUCUGCUAGAUUGCGGAUUAUUUAAUUUAAUUUAAUACUCUUUCUGGGCAGAAAAGAGAGAACCCUGUUUUUGUUUUUGAUGCAUUUAAGGAUUAUUUUAUUUUACUGUGAUGUGUGUCAGCACAGGUGGAAUCUGUCACCUCCAACCAAUAAUUUGAUUUCUUUCUCUUGCUAUAUGAAAAUCUGGGGUGGGCAUUGGAUGGAAGAGAGGCGGCGGCAAGAACAGUAACAGAGAUGAGUGAUUAUUGAUGAUGAAGGAAAGGUGUUUGAUGGGGAUCCUGUUCUGCCGUCCAUUGAUGUGCCUCUGCAGAUCAUCUCCUUCUCAAUCCCAGCUGAAGUUGGAUAACACCCCCAGUCUCCCUUCUUCAACUGCUGUUUCUGCUGUUGCUGAAUUUACAGCAGAGGUUAGUGAGGAGGUGAAGAAUCUGCAAGGGGUUAAUCUACAAUCUGCCAUUAAUGGAGGCAGUAGAAGCUGCAUUAGGAAAGAUAGUAUUCCAAAGCAGGUGGAGAUGAGGAGGAAGAAAAAGAAGAGUGUAAGGUGGGUGGAUUAUAGCAUGGGGCAAGAGCUUGCUGAGAUCAAGGAGUUUGAAAGCAGCGAAACAGGUGACAGUGAUAACGAAGAGGAAGAACGACAAUGUUUUUGCUUCAUUCUAUGAUGUUAUUAACUGGCUUCCUCUGGCUACAAACUUAGUUGGACAUAUUUCUGAGCAGAAGAGUAGCUAGCUCAUCAGGAACCAGCACUGUUUGUGAUAUAUAGAAGAGCUGGGAUAUCCUUCCAAGUAGGAAGCGGGUUUCGUGUGAAAGUUCAUUCAAAGCCAUUUUUUGAAGCUAAAGCUCAAUUGGGAAGUGAUUUUUCUGGAUUAGCUGUUUGCUGCUGUGCACUAGAGUGGAGCUUUGACAUCUUUCUUUGUGCAAUUAUUGUUAGAUUCUAUUCCGUUUGAAAAAUCCUUAGGCCAUUCAUGUAAGUGGAUGGUUGUUAUCCUGUACAGAUCAAGAGCUACAAAGAACAGUUCAUUGUGCAGUAAUAAAGAUGUAAACCUUUUAGUGUUCUGACCUUGUAGCAAUGAAAUCAUCACAGUACCAUGUGCAAACCAAGCUUUCUUACAUGCAAUGAGUUGGUUACCACUGAAGUUGGAAGCUGACAAUGGUGGAAUCCUUGUGGCAAAAUAAUUCUGAAAAUGUACUACUCCGGAUUAUUUAGGAUUUUCAGGCAUUCAGCCUAGUAUAGAUAUAGCGUGCAAUUCCGGCAAAAAUAACUCCGAUCCCACAAGAGAAACUAGUAUACAUCACAUACAUUAAUAUUGACUUUCAAACGGCCUCAAGCUAUUGGUGCAUGAAUAUUAUACUACACUUGAUGACAUUAUAUUAUUUGCCGAUAGAGUUGAGUGGUGUGUAGCCAAUUAAGGACAUAUUUGUAACUCUAGAUUUAGGGGGUGUUUGCAUCUAAUUCUUAACACUGGUUCUGCUCCUUUAGGGAGUAGAAGCAGAAGCUGGAGUGUUUGGGUG